UGGACGCUAAACGUCCUUUUGCUCGAAUUCGUUUCUGUUCUGCAGGACGAAGCCCGUGGCUGAAAAACGAAGGCUAGAUAGGCAGCGCACUUGGAUUGGAGACACUGCCUCGUUUCCCCGCAUCAGAUCAGUCAGCACUCGCUAAUGCCGGAGGAACUAGAUGUUAAAAACCAGUUCUGCAACUUCAUGUGCCUCUGACACGAGCAGGUCACUCUUCAGCGCUCAUGUGUGGAGCUCACUCUGGAUCCGGGAGUGAACUUUGAGCUGCUUGUGUCUGUACUGGAGCUAAUGCUAGCCUGUUAGCUCAUAAUCUGUGUUUAUAAACCUGACCAAAUCAAGAUGAAGAUUACUGUGGAUUUCGAGGAAUGUCUCAAGGAUUCUCCCAGAUUCAGGGCAAUCAUCGAGGAGGCGGAGAGCGACGUCUGUGAGCUCGAGUCCAAACUAGACAAGCUGGUGAAACUGUGCAUUGGGAUGAUCGAUGCUGGAAAGGCGUACAACACGGCCAACAGGCAGUUUGUGAGUGGGAUUCGGGAGUUGGCGCAGCAGUCUGCCAAAGAUGAUGUGAUCGAGUCCAGUCUGAACAAGUUUGCAGAGAAUCUUCAAGAGAUGAUCAACUAUCACACAAUUUUAUUCGACCAAGCACAACGAUCAAUCAAAUCACAACUGCAGGCAUUCAUUCGAGAGGACCUUCGGAAAUUCAAAGAAGCGAAGAAACAGUUCGACAAAGUGAGCGAGGAGAAAGAAGCUGCCCUGUCCAAAAAUGCCCAGGCGCCUCGAAACAAACCGCACGAGGUGGAGGAGGCCAGCGCCACCCUCAACGCCACGCGCAAGUGCUUCCGCCACAUCGUCCUGGACUACGUCCUGCAGAUUAAUGUGCUGCAGUCCAAGAGACGAUCAGAAAUCCUCAAAUCGAUGCUGUCCUUCAUGUACGCCCACCUGACCUUCUUCCAUCAAGGUUAUGAUCUGUUCAGUGAACUACAACCCCUCAUGAAACAACUGACCGGACAGCUGGAUCAGCUGGUGGUCGACUCCGCAAAAGAGAGGAAAGAUAUGGAGAUGAAACACUCGACUAUACAGCAGAAGGACUUCUCAAAUGACGACACCAAGCUGGAGUACAAUGUGGACGCAGAGAAUGGGAUCGUCAUGGAGGGAUAUCUGUUCAAGAGGGCCAGCAAUGCCUUCAAAACCUGGAACAGGCGGUGGUUCUCAAUUCAGAAUAAUCAGCUAGUUUACCAAAAGAAAUUUAAGGAUAACCCUACGGUUGUGGUGGAGGACUUGAGGUUAUGCACCGUCAAACACUGCGAGGACAUCGAGCGCAGAUUCUGCUUCGAAGUGGUUUCUCCAACAAAGAGCUGUAUGAUGCAAGCAGACUCUGAAAAACUCAGACAAGCCUGGAUCAAAGCCGUACAAAACAGCAUCGCCACAGCCUUCAGGGACAGAGCAGAGGACGCAGAGAAGAUGGACGGGAAGUCGUCCACGUCGCCGGUCAGCCUGGACUCUGCCGGCGAGGUGAAGGAGAGGAGUCUGAAGGGCGAGAGCGCGCUGCAGAGGGUCAUGGUCAUCGGCGGGAACAGCGUCUGCUGUGACUGCGGUCAGCCGGAGCCGUGCUGGGCCAGCAUCAACCUGGGCAUCACACUCUGCAUUCAGUGCUCGGGCAUUCACAGGAGUCUCGGCGUUCAUUUCUCGAAGGUCAGGUCUCUGACGCUGGACACGUGGGAGCCUGAGCUGCUCAAGCUGAUGUGUGAGCUGGGAAAUGGUGUCAUCAAUCAGAUCUACGAGGCUCGGCGGGAAGAAUUAGGAGCCAGGAAACCACAACCGGGAGAUCCCAGGCAUGAGGUGGAGGCCUACAUCAAAGCCAAGUACGUGGAUCGCAGGUUUGUGCGGAGACGCUCUGAAGACGAGAUCAGACAGAAGGUUUUAUCUCUGAGUCAACAGCACAAACGUCUCAGCGGCUGCUCUGAAGCUCGCUCUGCCAGAGCACCGUCAGCGUCUGCUUCCUCAGUGAACCACGGGUCUCUCUUCUGUGUAGAUGAGCUCGAUUCGCUCUUCUCCUACUUUAACUCCUCCGCCAGACCCUGCUGUCAUGGCCCAGAGCUGCACAUCUCCGAGCCUCAGGAGGAGGGCUGUGGGAGAGGUGUGGGGGUGUCCUCCGAGCCUCAAGAGGGGGUGUCCUGCGAGCCGUCGCCGGGCCUGCAGCUGUACUGGGGCUCUUUCUGCCGCAGUCUGCCGGACAUGGCCGAAGCUCUCGCUCAUGGAGCAGGAGUCAACUGGACCCAUGCUGACGAGCAGAAAAGGACGCCGCUCAUAAUGGCUGUGCACGGGGGGUCUCUGGUCACGUGUGAGUUCCUGCUCCAGAAUUCAGCCAGUGUCAACCAGCAGGACAGUCUGGGCAGAGCACCUCUCCAUCACGCCACUAUCCUGGGCCACACCGGGCAAGUGUGUUUAUUUCUAAAACGGGGAGCCAAUCAGAACGCAGCGGAUGUGGAGAAUCAGACGCCGCUGUCAAUCGCCGUCGAGGCAGCUAACGCUGAUAUUGUCACGCUGCUUCGGCUGGCCAAGAUGAACGAGGAGAUGCGUGAUUCAGAAGGUCUGUACAGUCAGUCAGGAGAUGAGACGUACCAGGAUAUCUUCCAAGACUUCUCACAGAUGGCAUCGAACGACCCUGACAAGCUCAACCGCUACUGAGCAGGUUCACACCACAACAACCUCCUCCUAACUGCAGUUUGGGAUUGAUUUAUUUUUUUUUAUUGCUAGGUUUUGUCUUAAUUGACCUUUUUUUUUUAAUGAAAUCAACGUCGUUGACGCUUGCAUUUUUGUUGUAAUU